UCUUUAUCUCAUCUACAGUAUACACUGAUCACCAGCACACUGCAGCGAUGUCAAUGACUGGGCAAUGGAAGGAACAGGAGACAGCUACUCCAGAGAUGCAGACAAUCUGCAGUCAGGUGAAGGCAGAAAUCGAGAAGAAACUUGGAAAAAAGAUUGUUUACAAAGCCAUCGAGUUCAGAGCGGUUGAUUCUCAAAUACAUUACAUUGCCAAGGUUCAUCUCGGAGCAAAUGACUACAUUCAUCUGAAAAUGACUCAGGUUCUUCCUUGCUAUGGAGAAGAAGUGCAGCUGCUUAAAUUCCAGUACCCUAAAGAAAUAGAAGAUGAAAUAAUUCCCUUCUGA